CAAAACACACGCUGGGUAGUUAAACGUCCGUCCGGUUCCCCCCUUCUGAUUGGACGAGGAGCCGCGGCCCCGCCUACCAAGAUGGCGGCGCCCAUUAGAGAGGAGGAAAGAACGUCAGGUGCAGCUGCGAGUGGGAGCGAUUGCGAGGUGUAACGGGACUGAUCGCCUUUCCCCCCCACUUCCUUAGUCUGCCCGUUGCAGGCGAGAGAAGUGGGAACAAGAUGGUAGCAACGGCUGUCAAGGCGAGGAGCUGACUCGGACCUCCUGGGGGGAGGGGAGUAUGGAAUGACCCCCCCAUUGGACUGUGUUCCACUGCCCUAAGUUGACCUCAGAGACCUUUCUCAAGGAGCCCCCCCCGGGGGAGGGGAUUCCACUGGAACCUUCCAUCCUCUCCCCCAUCCUCCAGAGGCAUUCCUGCUACACCAAGGGACGUGUCCUAACUUGCCUCUCCCGUCUACUGAGUGCUCCCUCUCCAGUGGGUUCCAGUGCAACCCAAAAAGCUCCUUGAUUUCAUAUUUUUUUUGCCACAGUGGAGUGGACUGAUAGGAGUCCCGGCUCCCCCUGACUGAGGCCUUUUCUCUUUUUGUGUCUAGGCUUGCUCCCCCUCUUCUCAUGUAGCUAAAAGCACUCUCCUCACUUCCCCUUUCGAUAUCAGCACAAUCCCUGAACAAAACACUUCUCAGCAGGAAGAAUGAAGUUCUCACCUGUGACUUAUGGGGUUACUUGCUUGAAUCUCAAUAAUUUGAAGUGAGAGUAGGAAGGGAAGUCAAGGACCGUGAUUUAGGGACUACGCUUGCUUGAAUAAAUUCUCAAGUCUUCCAAGUGGAGAGAGGGGUAACUAAAUCACCCCACUUCCAAAUUAGGCCUUCCUGGUAGAUUGAGAACAAGGCAUCAAGCCUCAAGGACAAGGGAGUAUAGACAUCCGUCUUCAAUGCAUUUUCCAGUUUGAUGCCAAAGCAGUCUGUUAUUUAAUAAAUAUAUAAAAUACAUUAAAAUUCAUCCCUAAGAUUUGGGGCCUCUCCUUACAACAGUCAUUUGGCAAACGGCGCAACUCCCUUCAGUGCCAAUCAAAUCCAUUUCAACCCAAUUACUCUUUUCUUUGGCAACUUUCCAUUUGGAACUCCGCUAUGGAUCUAGUCGUCCUGGUUUUCAAUGGCAUAGGAAUGAUUGUGGAUCUCCUGGUUGUCUUGCUGGAUGUCCACUUCUUCCUCGUUUCUUCCCUGGUGUCUGUCCUGCUCUGGCUCAUUGCAUUUGUUUACAACCUGCCCAAUAACUUUGUAGCUUGUGCGAUCCACUGCUGGAAUGGGAUUGUGUUAUCGUUGCUAUGCAUUGCUGAGAUUUUGUAUUAUUUGACUCUGGGUUCUCUGCACACCAUCGUCAGCAUGCUGCGGGGCUUCUUCUCCAGCAUGGAGAGCUUGAAAGUAGUGGGCCACCUAUUUACUCACCUGACACUGAGAAGCAAAGAAAUUAUGCACCGAGGUUUCUGGAAUCUAGUUGGGUCCGGCCAGUCACUUCUAAGGCAAGUGUGUGAAGUGUGUGCCAUCGCCAUGAGCCUCGUGGCUUACUUCGUCAACAGCAUCAUCAACAUCUGUCUCAUUGGGACCCAGAACCUUUUUUCCCUGGGGCUGACCCUGUGGGAAACUGUUAUUGGACCCUUUCUGAGAGUCACUGACAUUUUUGCUGCCUUUGUUGCACGGCUGUCGAGCAGUGCCAUUGCUAUGGCUAUCCUCCUGUGGACUCCUUGCCAGCUGGCAUUUGAUCUACUGGCCUCUGUGAGCAAGCUGCUGCUUAAUGUUUUCUUCCUCAACCUUUAUGGCUUGAUGUUGCUGUCUGUCAUUGUUGUUACCAGCAUCUUUAUCCUCAACCCUCAACUAACGUGGACACUGGCAAGCCAAGUGUCUGGUUAUUUGAACACCAUGCCUUCUUACCAACGCCUAAUCAGGGACAUGCACCGCCUCUAUCAGAUCAUGCUCUUGUCGCUGGAGAUGGUCUUGAGCUCGCAAGCUUGGCGCAGGCUGGCUGACUGGAGUCUCCAGAUGGCCAGCUGGAACAGAGGUGGCAGGGAAGCAAACCACCACGUAGAACAAGAGCAACCAGUCCCAAUUGAGGGCAACCAGGAAAGGCCAGGUGGAGCUGUUGUAGUUCCAGGGCCAGUUCCUCUGGGAGCAGCUCAUCCAAGAAGACAAGGGCUGCCUGUGACCAAUCAGCAGGCUAUAGCCCGUGCCCGCCAAACAUGGCAGCCAGCAGGCCGUGGCAGCAGGGACCAUCACAGAACAGAAGAUGAUCUGGGAUCAACUGCACAACGGAGCCUGCUGACAGGGCAGCACUCACAGCAUUACGGUGAAGGACCAAGCACAUCCUAUACCAAACCUCCAACAAAAGAGCAGCUCAAUUCUCUGGAGGAGGACAAUGACCCAUGGCUUCUUCUCAAAGAACAAGAAGAACGGAAGAAAUGUGUCAUCUGCCAGGACCAAACAAAGACAGUCUUGCUACUUCCUUGUCGGCACCUUUGUCUCUGCCAAGAAUGCACUGAAAUCUUGCUGCAGCAGGCCAUAUACCAGCGCAAUUGCCCACUCUGCCGGCAGAUGAUCCUGCAGACUCUCAAUGUCUAUCUGUGAGCUUUAUGCACAUUCCAUUAAGCUUUCCAUGUGCGUUAGCCAAAGCACAUGGGGCUGCUGGCAUUUGUACCCCCUGCUUUCUAUGGCAGCUGGUGGACAGCAGCUUAACGCUGAUUAUUGGUAUCAGCAAUGGCUACCCUUUUUGUUUUCAAAGAACUAUUGCAAUCAGUGAAACUUGGAAAAUACUAUGGAUAGUUUCUAUGCACAUGUAUUUUCAUUUUCUUGUUGCUACCAUCAAAAAGAACAGUAGCUGAUCACUGUAAUAGUCUGAAACGUUACUGUUGCUAAAGGUGUUAAGCCAUCAUGUUUGAAUAUUCAAAAGUGGGGCUUGAAAAAACCUCUGAUAACCUGUCUGCCAAAGGCUAACAAGUAAUAAAUGUAGUUUUCUGGUAAGGAACUACCUGUUGCAAAGAGAGCAGGUGCUGAAAUUCUAGGCAUUUGGGGUUCCCAUGAAUUAGUGUCUACAGCAAAGAAUUCCGUAGCAGGCUUGUUUGGGAAACAUUUGAAAAAAAGAUGAGGACAAUGUUGCUUCUAUUAUUAUAUUAUUGGGGGUAUGAAAGGGUAUUUUCACUCCAGCAUUUUCUUCUAGAGCAGGGGCAGGGAACCUUUCACUCUUUGGAUCUUCCUGAACUACCACUCCUGUUAUUUCUGACUAUUAGCCAUGCUAGCUGGAUUAAUGGAAGUUGGAGUCCAAUAACAUCCUGGGGGCCAUAAGUUUCCCACUUCUGUUCUAGAGGACAUGUCCUUAGUUGUGAGCCUGCAGCUACCUGAAACUGACUAGUGAGCCAAUUUCAUGGUUCUCUUGAGAACAUUGUCUAGUUAGCUUAAUAUGCACUUGGGCAUCCUGUAGUAGGAAAGUCCAUACUUCCAAGCCCUGAUCUGUAGAAUUCUGACUGGUGCUAUUCGCAGGAAGGUACAUUAACUUAGCUUGCACUUAUAAACACAUCGCAGCACAGUUUUUCUUUCAAGAAACUUGGCCACUGUGCUACAUCCCAGUGCCCACUGAUUAUCUUUUUAACGUACAAUUUCAAAAGAACAGUGACAACACUGUUCAUUUCCCCCCUCCAGGUUUUCUGUGUUCAUUUGUUUCAGGACUUCAGAUCCAUAAGAAAGGGAAGCUGGACACCAAAUGUAGAGCACAGAGAUACCACUCACAGUAGUCUACUAGCGAGCUUCUUGUUGUAUCUGUUGGCAUGUAACUUACACAGGCCACCUAUGCAAAACGAUGACAUUCCAGCUUUAUUGCACAACUGAAUUUCACCCUUUGGGGUUAGGUUGGUGGAAGCUGAUGUUAUCAAAUAUAGUCUUAACAAGUGAUAAUGCUCUAUCAACAGCAUUGGAGACUGUGUGGUUUGUCUCCAGGUCCUGCUAAGUCUCUGAUGUGGACUGAAACAGCAGUGUUAAAGCUUUUUAUGGCUCCUUGUCUGGGUUGCAUUUGAGCAGGGUGGUGACCUCAUUAAGAAAGCUAGACUCUAGAUUCCAUAGUUUAAGUCCUGAAGCCUGUCCCAGGAGCAAGUGGCAUCCUUUGUAGAAGGAAAUCUAUGAAUUGUACCUAGGUGGGACAUGGGCUAGAGUGGUUUGUCUGACUGUUGCACUGGGCAUAAAAAUAACCUUUGAGCUCACUUUUUUUCUAGAGCCAGUCAGAAAACGCCCAUAGCAUCACUUCUUGGCAAACAGGCAAUGGGAGCAAAUCCAAAAAAACAAGUGAGCCCAGUGAAAGCUGCUGUCAACCUACAACUCUCCUGUGUUUAAAAUGGGGAGGAGGACAGGUGGUGGUUGAACUCUCCUGGUUUCUUGAUUGUUUGAAUUGGAAAAAGAAAGCUGGGAGGCAUGAAAUCCUGACAAUUUUUAUUUUUGUGGCAUUCUUUUGAGUUAACUAAAUCAUUUAUAGCUGUUAUAGUCAUAAAUGGAUCUCUGCACCUGGGCCAGAGAUAGAUUUUUGCAGCCUUGUUGAAGCUAUGGCAUAACAUGGCUUGGUCCUGGUUGUAUAAAUGUGCACAAUAUCAAUGUCCUUCACACAGUAGCUUUAAUAGCAUUAGAAUGUGUCUGGCACCCAAGUCCUAAACAUGUUUGUUUGGAAGUAAGCCCUGUUGUUUUCAUAGAGCUUAUUUCCUAGUAAAGAACUCUUGGUUACGGAUGAGGUCCACAGCUGAAAGGUCAGGGUGCUGCAAGUUUUACUAUUGUGACAUUAUGCAGCACACUUUGUGGCAGUCUUGAGCAGUGCAUUCAGGAGCUCUCGCCCUUUAUGACAUUGUUUGAUGUUCUUUGGGGAGGUUGUGCAACUCUCACCCCAAGUGCUCCAGGGGCUAAACUUCACUUUGCAAAAUGAGAGUGGAGACUGGAAUCUCAAAGGGGACUUUCCAGUUCUGAAAAUGAGAGUUCCUAUCUUGUGACACCACAUUGCCUGCUAAGGCAGAUGCUAAGACUUAAAAGCGAGAUUUGAUGACACUUAGUCCAAAUGUUGGAUUUUUUUCGAGGGGUUUUUGCCAAAUCAGAAUAGCCAUUUACGUUUCUCAUCUGCAGUUUCUUUUUUUUAAAAAAAACAGAUUGUUAAAAUCCUUGCAAAUUCUGCUUUGUUUUUAUUUUAUUUUAUUUACUUGGAAAAAUUCUCUGCAUUUUGUUUUUUAAUUUUCUUUUCAUUCUAAGCCCUUACUGAGUUCCCUGGACUUGAGGGAGAACCAAGGCACCUCUCAGAGGCAAAGGUUUGGAGAUGAAGAAUGGAUUUGAGCAGAUGCUAAACUGAGUGCCUUAAUGGUGGCAGGUCAAAAUGCUUACAAACUCAAGUGUGCUUGUGUGUGUUAUAUAAUGAGUUGUGGCACUACAGGUUGGAGCUAGACAUUCAACAUGUGUUACAAUUUUGAGGUGGUGGAACAAACUGUACAACUUCCAAUUGCAGGUGGAAGAUGCUAUGUUUGUAAUGCUUCUCAACAUAAAAAAGAACAACUUUCUAUAAGUUAAAGACAAAGUAGCAUAUUAGAGGGAGGUUCUGGGCCAUCAUGCUCUUUAUUCUUUUGUUAAGUUUUCUACUUGUAAAGAUAUCUCUUUUUUGUUUAGGGAGCCUUCAGUAAUGUGAUCCUCCCCACCUUCAAUCUGAGGCUGUGUACAGAUCAUACAUUUAAAGCACAGGAUCCCACUGCUCCCCCGCAAAACAUGGGAACUAUAGUUUGUUAAUGGUGCUGGGAACUGUAGCUCUGUGAAGGGUAAACUACAAUUCUCAGGAUUCUUUGGGGGAAAUCAUAUGCUUUAAAUUAUGGUGUGUACACAGCCCGAAUCGGUACAAGCCGCUCUGCUGUCUAGUUUGUCUGCAUGUGUAGACCAGCGUUUACAUGCACUGAUCGGUACUGAGGAUCGAAAGAAAUUGUGCAAGGAGAGCAACCUAGUUUAGAAUAAUACGUUAUUCUCUCUCCUCUGCCCUUCCCUCCAAUAUCUGCGUCAGAAAUUUUAUUCCAGCCUUUCUAAGCAGUUAGAUUUGUAGCACUGAGAGUUAAUUGCAUGUUUUGCAAUUUUGGUGGCAGAGGAGAGGGUAGACAGAGAAUUGAGUAGGAGGAGAGAUGCAUGGUUUUACUGUCCUAUGGAGCUACUGUCCUAUGGAGCGACUGCCUACCAUCCUAUGGAGCUAACUGCUCACUCCUGAUUUGUGCCUUGUUCAAAGUGCUGCCCACUCUCAUCGUCUUUCUGGGUGUUAUUUUAUAGCAAGAUGGAGAAGAUGUGCAAUUGCCUUUUUUUAGCCAGCACCUGUGCCAGUCCCUCCUCACACAAAUCACUGGCCAUGGCUCUUCACGCUGCCUCUGGAGGAGCUUUUUGGUUUGCUUAUGUGGUCAUGGCAAAGUCUACGCUUUGCACUCUGUAAAUGAUGGUUUGCAAAUUAAAAGAAACCCUUUUCACAAAAUCA